UCACUGCUCUUGGAAGCUUUGGAGUUGUGAUGCAGUCUCUGGACUGAGAAUUUGAUAAAUUCUCUUCCUUGCCAGGUGCUGAGACAAUCCCGCUAUGAUAGGCACUCGACAAAGCUUUGUCCUUCCAGAACACGUUCGACAUGAAGUGGACAGACCUCGGGUUGGGAUUAUCUCUGAUCUGAGUCACCAGGUGUGGAUCCUUCAAAAUCAGAGCCUUGUGGCAGUUCCACGCAGUGGCAAUGUGGAUCAAGUCACUAUCAUUUUUAUCACAUGUAAGUACCCGGAGACUCUUGAACAAGGCAAAGGGAAUCCUAUUUAUUUGGGAAUCAGGGAUCCAGAAAUGUGUCUGUGUUGUGAGGACGUUGGAGGACAACACACAUUGCAGUUGAAGAAACAGAAGAUCAUGGAUCUGUACAACCAAGAUGAGCCUGUGAAGCCCUUCCUUUUCUACCACCUCAAGACUGGUAGAACUUCCACCUUCGAGUCAGUGGCCUUCCCUGGCUGGUUCAUUGCUUCCUCCGGAAGAGACCAACCCCUGUUCCUCACUUCAAAACAGGGCAAUUCGCACAACAUUGACUUUGAUUUAGACAUAACGGACUGAACUCAGCUGGGAAGCGGUAGCUUGAUCAGAUACUUUUGUCUUAAAAUUUCUAAUUCUCAACAUGCUUUCAUCUAUUUUCUCAGUUCCAUUUGCACGCCACUGCUGAGGGGGGAGUAGGGCCACUGUUAUCACCCUGUUAUACGGUUGAAGAAGCAGCAAUGUCUCCAUGGUAACUGAAGAACAGACCGAAGACUUGGAACAGGCGGGAAGGGGUGACAUAAGGUUCUCCUCUCAAGUUGACACUGUCUAGCCCACCAGACAUCUGUACAAAUGACUUUAAAGUCAAAGGAGCAGACCAUAGGCCUUCUUCUGGGAGUGGAGAUGAAGAGGACUCAUAAGUCCUGGAUCUUACCCAAGACUGUGACUAGCAUAGAGUUGUUCCCUGUUUUUGUCUGUUUUACUUUCUUUCCUUUUUGAAUCACAUCAUUAAUAAUCUUUAUAUGUUUGCAGUAUAUAUCCAUGUGUGUAAUAUCUGCUUCUGAGGUUAGAAUCUUUUAAAGAAAGAUAAUUCUUGUAUUAAAUUAUUUUUGUCCUAAGUGGUUGACA